AUGUUUGGACCCAAAGAGUCAGAAGUAAUCCUAAAAAUCCUAAAUCCUCUUCUCAUUCUGCAGACCGUUGACAGCCAAGUGAGAGUGAAGGAGGAGAACAGUGGUGACUCCACGGAUGGACAUUCACAUAGUUUCAGAGUGAAAUUCAAGCGUACCGACCUUGAGGAAUACAAUAUUAAUUGUGCUCAACCUCGCACAGCGCUGGAGGCGAUAAAAUCAAGUAAAAAAUAUAAGAAGCUGAAGUUUACAGAUGAAAACAUUGUGAUUCAGUUGGGUAAAGAGGAUCGGGCAUUUACUGUUGCAACACAUUACCCUUGUUCUUGUAUCAGUGAUGAUGAGUAUCUGAUCUUAUCACUGAAAAAUGAAAAGGUUGAAGUGAUCAUAGACCAACAUUACAAAACGGUGCAUUCAAGAGACAAGUAUUCUGUCUUCUACAUUGACACAGUAGGAGGAGAAAAAACCAAAACAAAGAAGCUUUUUAUAAGCAAUGAGCUCAAACAGUUCAAGUAUCUUUGUGUCUAUGGGGAGAAGGGGAUGACUGUGGAAGAGGCUCUGAAAAGAGACGGUCGCUUCAUUGAUCUUACCAACUUCACUCUGUCUGACAAUGAGAAUCCAAACGUGAUCACUGAAUGCACACAAAGUGUUGACAACCUAGAUGGAAAAAAGUUCAAGAUAUAUAAUUCACACCAGAGGAGUGAGCGUGACACAAAGCCUCUCUUAGAUGUAGCACAGCAGAGAGGAACCAGUGUCACAGCAGCAUUAGAAAAUAAAGACAAAAACAUUGAGGAGAUUUAUAAAAUACUGCGUGAGCAGUGCCCAAAACUGAAAGAACUGAUGGAGAGUAGAUUCCCUGGUGAUACUUAUCAGAAAGCACUGGAGCUGAGGAAGGAAGACUUUGGAAAGAUCCAACAAUCAUUCAGUGAAGUUCACAGAGUCAGGGAGCUGAUUAAACUGGGAGAAUCGGUUUGCAAAGUGGUUGUUGGGAAUGUUUGUGAGGGAACAGGCUUUGUGCUGUUUGACAACUUCAUCCUGACUAACGCACACAUCUUGAAAGAUCAUGUAGAAGGAGGAAAGAUAAAGGAUGGUAUAGAGGUGUAUGUUUUAUUUAACUAUGAAGCUCCUGAGUCGCACACAGUGUGCUACUGCUUUAAGCUGGCUCAACACAUCUGCUACAGUGAGGAUGAGCUUGAUUAUGCCAUACUUGAGAUCAAUCCUGAGUGUCACAAAUCCAACCAGACAACACCAACAGAGCAGAUCGAGUUGCCACCAGGGCUCCUCAAGAAAUUUGGUCCAAUACCACUGAAUGGUGAAGCCUGUAUCAUUGGUCACCCGGCAGGAGGAGUGAAAAAAAUGGAUCCAACAUGUAUCAUUGAGAAAGAGAAGAGGGGAGAGGCUGUCGAUGAUUAUCUAAAUCCACACAGGGACUAUACUUUUACCCUCUGCUCAAUUACUCACCUGAUCAGAGAGCAAGGCAUUGAGAACAUCAUGAUGGGUGGAUGCAACGCAGACAAAGUAGUGACUUACAACACUUCCAUGUAUCACGGCUCUUCUGGCUCUCCAGUGUUUGAUGCUCAUGGUCAAGUGUUUGGUUUGCACACCGCAGGUUAUGUCUAUGGGUUUCCAAAGAAUGAAAAGAGUGUUAUAGAGUUCGCCCAACCUCUGCUUACCAUAUUUGAUCACUUUGUGAGUGAGCUGAAGAAAAGAGGAGAGAAGAAGCUGUUGAAGAGAGUUAAGAAGGAAGCAAAGGGAAACUCAUACCUAGAAAAGCUCCUUGUGUUUAGGCUGAAUGAAAGCGGAUGUGAGGAGCAGAGGAGCAUUGAGGGAGUCAAGACUGAGCCGGCAGACCCUGAUGAGCACUCAGGCACCAAUGAGUCAAUGGUCACUGAUUAAGUAUAAGAACAGACAUUCCCAUUCAAAUCAAUGUAGCUGGAUGGUAAGAGCGGUGGCCAUUUUUAUAUG